AUUUGUAAAGUUGUCAAGGGACCAUUAGAAGGAUGGUGCUUCACAGAUAGAAUACAGUUUUUAUUAAUGAUGCCUAGACAAAUCCUGCCAUUAGCCCAAGGGCUCAGAAAGUUAGCAGCCUAGUAGUUUUGGAGAUGUCAAUGAAAUGAAUUGGACUGGAUGGUUAAGGAUGCCCAGAAGAUUGAAUAAAAUUGGGAUUUAGGAGGACCCUUGUACUCCAGGAAAUUCUCCAAGUCUCCAGUUAGUUAUCCAGAUCCUCAAAGUGAACAUGAAGCUUCAGUUUCAAAUUGAAUACAUUUUCCAUCCAUGGAUUGGCUUGUUUUGUUCAGUUGAGUGCUUGAGGUUGUCUUUUCGACGUAACAGCUAAACCCACGGCUUCCUUUCUCGUAAAACCAAAACAAAAAGGCUUUCUAUUCAAGUGCCUUCUGUGUGUGCACAUGUGUAAUACAUAUCUGGGAUCAAAGCUAUCUAUAUAAAGUCCUUGAUUCUGUGUGGGUUCAAACACAUUUCAAAGCUUCAGGAUCCUGAAAGGUUUUGCUCUACUUCCUGAAGACCUGAACACCGCUCCCAUAAAGCCAUGGCUUGCCUUGGAUUUCAGCGGCACAAGGCUCAGCUGAACCUGGCUACCAGGACCUGGCCCUGCACUCUCCUGUUUUUUCUUCUCUUCAUCCCUGUCUUCUGCAAAGCAAUGCACGUGGCCCAGCCUGCUGUGGUGCUGGCCAGCAGCCGAGGCAUCGCCAGCUUUGUGUGUGAGUAUGCAUCUCCAGGCAAAGCCACUGAGGUCCGGGUGACAGUGCUUCGGCAGGCCGACAGCCAGGUGACUGAAGUCUGUGCGGCAACCUACAUGAUGGGGAAUGAGUUGACCUUCUUAGAUGAUUCCAUCUGCACGGGCACCUCCAGUGGAAAUCAAGUGAACCUCACUAUCCAAGGACUGAGGGCCAUGGACACGGGACUCUACAUCUGCAAGGUGGAGCUCAUGUACCCACCGCCAUACUACCUGGGCAUAGGCAACGGAACCCAGAUUUAUGUAAUUGAUCCAGAACCGUGCCCAGAUUCUGACUUCCUCCUCUGGAUCCUUGCAGCAGUUAGUUCGGGGUUGUUUUUUUAUAGCUUUCUCCUCACAGCUGUUUCUUUGAGCAAAAUGCUAAAGAAAAGAAGCCCUCUUACAACAGGGGUCUAUGUGAAAAUGCCCCCAACAGAGCCAGAAUGUGAAAAGCAAUUUCAGCCUUAUUUUAUUCCCAUCAAUUGAGAAACCAUUAUGAAGAAGAGAGUCCAUAUGUCAAUUUCCAAGAGCUGAGGCAAUUCUAACUUUUUUGCUAUCCAGCUAUUUUUAUUUGUUUGUGCAUUUGGGGGGAAUUCAUCUCUCUUUAAUAUAAAGUUGGAUGCAGAACCCAAAUUACGUGUACUACAAUUUAAAGCAAAGGAGUAGAAAGACAGAGCUGGGAUGUUUCUGUCACAUCAGCUCCACUUUCAGUGAAAGCAUCACUUGGGAUUAAUAUGGGGAUGCAGCAUUAUGAUGUGGGUCAAGGAAUUAAGUUAGGGAAUGGCACAGCCCAAAGAAGGAAAAGGCAGGGAGCGAGGGAGAAGACUAUAUUGUACACACCUUAUAUUUACGUAUGAGACGUUUAUAGCCGAAAUGAUCUUUUCAAGUUAAAUUUUAUGCCUUUUAUUUCUUAAACAAAUGUAUGAUUACAUCAAGGCUUCAAAAAUACUCACAUGGCUAUGUUUUAGCCAGUGAUGCUAAAGGUUGUAUUGCAUAUAUACAUAUAUAUAUUUUAAUUUGAUAGUAUUGUGCAUAGAACCACGUAUGUUUUUGUGUAUUUGUUAAUGGUUUGAAUAUAAACACUAUAUGGCAGUGUCUUUCCACCUUGGGUCCCAGGGAAGUUUUGUGGAGGAGCUCAGGACACUAAUACACCAGGUAGAACACAAGGUCAUUUGCUAACUGGCUUGGAAACUGCAUGAGGUCAUAGCAGUGCUUGAUUGCGUGGAAUUGUGCUGAGUUGGUGUUGACAUGUGCUUUGGGGCUUUUACACCAGUUCCUUUCAAUGGUUUGCAAGGAAGCCACAGCUGGUGGUAUCUGAGUUGACUUGACAGAACACUGUCUUGAAGACAAUGGCUUACUCCAGGAGACCCAUAGGCAUGACCUUCUAGGAAGCUCCAGUUCGAUGGGCCCAAUUCUUACAAACAUGUGGUUAAUGCCAUGGACAGAAGAAGGCAGCAGGUGGCAGAAUGGGGUGCAUGAAGGUUUCUGAAAAUUAACACUGCUUGUGUUUUUAACUCAAUAUUUUCCAUGAAAAUGCAACAACAUGUAUAAUAUUUUUAAUUAAAUAAAAAUCUGUGGUGGUCGUUUUC